AUGGCAUCCAAGGAGCAGGUGGAGAGCUUGGCCGAAUAUUUGAACUGUCCCUUCUGCAAUGAGUUUUUCGACCAGCUCGUUAUUCUGGACUGUGACCACAACUUCUGUCAAGCAUGCAUUCAAUUGCACUGGGAGGGAGACGAAAGCAACCCCUGCCCCCAAUGUGGGUUUGCCGUCAUCGAGAGCGGUCUGCGAGCCAACCGUGCGCUCGGCCAUCUGGUGGACACUACGCGCAAUCUCAUCCUUCCUCGGGCCAGGAAGGAGCACUCGCCGGGUCCGCUACUGUUCGGACGACCGAGAAAAGCGGAGCCCAAGCUGUACUCUAAGGAGCACCAUGAGCAACUGAAACUCUUCUGCGAGACGAACAGGGAGCUGAUCUGUGCGAUGUGUCUGGACGGCAGGACAGGCGGCAACCACAGGCAACAUGACUUCAUGCGCCAAGAGGCGGUCGAAAAGUACAAGGAUAAACUGAAGUCUACUUUGGAUUUGUUGAGGCAGAAGAUGACGGUCCUGGAAACCAAGCUGAAGAGGAAGGAGCGUUUUACCGAAAUCAGGGGGGAGGCUACCAGUCUGAGGUGUAUCAUCUCUCCCGAGUUCGCAAAAAUGCACCAGUUCCUCCAUAGAAAGGAGAAGGGUUUAAUUCGGGAACUGAAGAAACACGAGGAAAACACUUCCGAGACGAUGGAGAAGAACUCCGACAAGUUCCAGGAGACCCUGGAGUCUGCUCGUCAAAAGCUAACAAGGCUGCAUUCGAAAGUGAACCAGAGGGAGAUAGUCAACUUCCUGGAGGAAGAAGCUUCCUAAAGAAAGAGGUAGGAGAUGCUCUUCACGAAAACUCCAUACACACCGACGUAAUACCACCUUUGAAUAUCACUCUUGUAAUGUCAACUGUUUCAUGUUUGCAUUAUUAGUGAAGACAAUUAUCAGAUAGUGACCGGUGAAAACCUUCCGCUGGGAAUAUUCAAGGGACC